ACAGCGCGAGAGGAGAGAGAGCCGGCGGGGUGAGGGACCUUCAGAAACUCAGCAGCUUCAGCAACAGCGGCAGAAGCAGCUAGUCCAGCAGCUCCAGCAGCAGCAGCAGCGGCGGCAGCGGCUCCUCAGCGUCCCCUCAGCGUCCCCUCAGGUCUCUCUCACCGCCCGCUGGUCUGGAACUUCUUUGGUCGGGUCUGUACCUGUGAACAUGUCCGGGGGCAGGUUGGCCACGGCGCUGGCGGUGGCUUUACUAGCCGGGGCGGUGAGCUGCAUGCCCAAAGCCGCGGGGAAAAGCAGGAGACAAGCCCUGGAGCACUCCGCCUCCUCAGUGUCUCAAGAUGGCUGUGUUGAAUAUGGGCAGUUUUAUGGAGUUGGUGAGCAGUGGGAGCGCAUGUAUCUGGGCAGUGUACUAGUCUGCACUUGUAAUGGAGUUGCUGGCAUUAAGUGUAAAACGAAACCUGAGGCUGAGGAGACCUGCUAUGAUAAAGUGAAUGCUCGCUCAUACCGGGUGGGAGAGACCUACGAAAGACCAAAGGAUGGGAUGAUCUGGGAUUGUACAUGCAUUGGCUCCGGCAGAGGAAAAAUCAGCUGCACCAUUGCCAACCGCUGUCAUGAAGGGGGGCACUCUUAUAAGAUUGGAGACACCUGGAGAAGGCCCCAUGACACUGGAGACUAUAUGCUGGAGUGUGUAUGUUUGGGCAAUGGCAAAGGAGAAUGGACCUGCAAACCUGUUGCUGAGCGCUGCUAUGACAAUACAGCUGGCACCUCUUAUGUGGUUGGUGAGACCUGGGAGAAGCCAUACCAGGGCUGGAUGAUCGUGGACUGCACCUGUCUUGGGGAAGGAAGUGGACGCAUUACUUGCACAUCCAGAAACCGCUGUAAUGACCAGGAUACACGCAUGUCCUACCGCAUUGGAGAUACGUGGACUAAGACAGAUGCUCGUGGACACACAUUGCAGUGUUUGUGUACUGGUAAUGGCAGAGGAGAGUGGAAAUGCGAACGACAUGCUUCUUUGCACACUACUGGCUUGGGCUCUGGAUCCAGAGUGAUCACCAAUGUGCAACCAGCUGUUUUCCAGCCAGUGCCCAUUCCAGUGACUCCUGUUGAGGGCACAUGUCUGACAGACUCAGGGGUGUCCUACACUUUGGGAAUGCGCUGGAUCAAGACUCAGGGAAGCAAGCAGAUGCUGUGUACCUGCCUCGGCACUGGUGUCAGCUGUGAAGAGUGGGAGGGCCAUUCUCGUGUUUAUGGAGGUAACACUAAUGGCCAGCCUUGUGUGUUCCCCUUUGUAUCCAUGGGCAAGACCUUCUACUCCUGCACCUCUGAGGGACGCAGUGAUGGGCAGCUCUGGUGCAGUACUACCUCAGACUUUGAAAAAGACCACAAAUACUCCUUCUGUACAGAGAAGAAUGUUUUGGUCACAACCAGAGGAGGAAACUCUAAUGGUGCCCUGUGCCAAUUCCCAUACCUCUAUAAUGGCCAUAACUACACUGACUGUACUGCUGAUGGACGCAGGGAUGGCAUGAAGUGGUGCAGUACCACCUAUAACUAUGAUGGAGAGCAGAGGUUUGGCUUCUGCCCAAUGGCUGCCCACGAGGAAGUUUGCACCACCAGUGAGGGAGUGAUGUACCGUGUUGGAGAUCAGUGGGACAAACGCCAUGAUGUUUUGGGGCACAUGAUGCGCUGCACAUGUGUGGGAAAUGGUCGCGGGGAGUGGAGCUGCAUUGCCUACUCACAGCUUAAAGACCAGUGCAUUGUGGAUGGUCUGACUUAUGAGGUGAACCAAACCUUCACUAAGCGCCAUGAUGAAGGAUACAUGAUGAACUGCACCUGUUUCGGUCAAGGCCGUGGACGCUGGAAGUGUGACGCCAUUGACCAGUGCCAGGAGCCAGAAACUAGAGUUUUCUAUCAGAUCGGAGAGUCCUGGGACAAGGUCAUCCGUGGAAUCCACUACAGGUGUCACUGUUAUGGCAAUGGGAUUGGAGAGCUGAGCUGUGAGCCCCAGCAGUCUUUCCCUGGUGGUAACCGUCCAGUCCAGGUGAUUAUUACAGAAGCUGGCAACCAGCCCAACUCCCACCCCAUCCAGUGGAACGCACCACCCUCGGUUCACAUCACUCAGUAUAUCCUCAAGUGGAGACAGAAAAACACUAAUGCUCCAUGGAGGGAGGUCACUCUUCCAGGUCAUCUGAACUCUUACACCAUAGCAGGACUGAAGCCAGGCAUUACCUAUGAGGGACAGCUCAUCAGUAUCCUACGCUUUGGACGCAGAGAGGUCAAUCGCUUUGACUUCUCUACCACCUACGGUUCCUUGGCUACAUCUGAGGGAGAAACAGCUCCUCCUCCUCCAGAGAUUGACACCUCUGAGUCUGUGACUGAAAUCACCUCCAGCAGCUUUGUUAUCUCCUGGGUGUCUGCCUCAGACACUGUGUCUGGGUUCAGAGUGGAAUAUGAGCUAACUGAGGAGGGAGGCCAACCAGGGGAGCCCAUUGUCUUGGACUUGCCACGUACGGCUACAUCUGUAAACAUCAAUGAGCUGUUGCCAGGCAGAAAAUACACUGUGAAUGUGUAUGAAGUCACUGAUGAGGGAGAACCCAACCUGAUCCUCACCACCUCCCAAACAACAGCUCCAGAUGCUCCCACAGAUCAUGAGGUGGAGGACAUAGCUGAGACCUCCAUCAAAGUCAGCUGGUCCAGACCUGUGGCUCCCAUCACAGGCUAUCGUGUGGUUUACACUCCAUCUGUCGAGGGAAGCUCUGGCAGCACUGAGCUCAACUUGCCUGAUACAGCGACCUCUGUGACCUUAAGCGAUCUUCGACCUGGCCAGCUGUACAACAUCAGCAUUUAUGCAGUGGAGGAGAACCUGGAGAGCGAGCCAGUGUUUGUACAAGUCAACACUGCUGGAGAGCCACUGCCAGAGGAAAUCCCAUCUCCAACUGACCUGCAGUUCUUUGAGGUUUCUGACUCCAAGAUCACAAUCACCUGGACUGGUCCUCCAACAGAAGUGUCAGGAUUCAGAGUGUCUGUGGCUCAGGUGGGCCAUGAUGGACUAACAGAAAGAGAGACACAGCUUCCCAUCACACACAAUGCUUACGCAGAGAUUGCCCAACUUCAGCCAGGAACCCUCUAUCGCUUCUUUAUUUUUGCCCUUAAAGGAGUAGAGGAGAGUGAGCCUCUGGUUGGAGAGCAGACCACCAAACCCGACACCCCCACCAACUUCCGCUUGACCAAUGUGACCGAGGACAGUGCUCUGAUCAUCUGGUCAGCUCCCAGAGCUCAAGUCACAGGUUACAGGCUCUUCCUGACCGUGGAGGGCUCAAAUACCAAACAGAUGCGUAUCCCAGGACGCCUGACUCAAUACACCCUGCUAAACCUACAGCCAGACACAGCGUACACAGCCACACUGCACUCAGAACAGGGCAAUGUGAUCAGUGAGGGAGCUGUGGCAACCUUUAAGACCUCUCUGCCAAUGGGGACUGCUCCUCGUUUCAGCACUGAUGUUACAGACACUUCCAUCAUCAUCUCCUGGAGUCCUGUGCCAAGAAUUGGAUAUAGGUUGACUGUAAGGCCCAGUCAAGGUGGAGAGGCUCCCAGGGAAGUGACCUCUGAAUCAGGCAGCAUCUAUGUCUCAGGCCUGACCCCUGGAGUGGAGUACACUUACAGUGUCCAGCCUGUCAUCAACGGCCACGGCCACGGAAACCCCAUCACACGCCGCGUUGUCACACCUCUCUCUCCUCCCACUGAUCUCAACUUGGAGACUAACCCAAACACUGGUGAACUGACAGUCCAGUGGAACGAUGCCAAAACCCCAGAUAUCACAGGCUACAGAGUGACUUGCACUCCCACCAAUGGUCAGCAGGGCAACUCUUUGGAAGAGUUUGUCAAGGCAGGCCAGACUUCAUGCACUCUGGAGAACCUGAGCCCUGGAGUGGAGUACAAUGUCAGUGUGUUCACAGUGAAGGAUGACAUGGAGAGUGUGCCUGUGUCCUCCACAAUCACACCGGAACCCGACACCCCCACCAACUUCCGCUUGACCAAUGUGACCGAGGACAGUGCUCUGAUCAUCUGGUCAGCUCCCAGAGCUCAAGUCACGGGUUACAGGCUCUUCCUGACCGUGGAGGGCUCAAAUACCAAACAGAUGCGUAUCCCAGGACGCCUGACUCAAUACACCCUGCUAAACCUACAGCCAGACACAGCGUACACAGCCACACUGCACUCAGAACAGGGCAAUGUGAUCAGUGAGGGAGCUGUGGCAACCUUUAAGACCUCUCGGCCAAUGGGGAAUGCUCCUCGUUUCAGCACUGAUGUUACAGACACUUCCAUCAUCAUCUCCUGGAGUCCUGUGCCAAGAAUUGGAUAUAGGUUGACUGUAAGGCCCAGUCAAGGUGGAGAGGCUCCCAGGGAAGUGACCUCUGAAUCAGGCAGCAUCUAUGUCUCAGGCCUGACCCCUGGAGUGGAGUACACUUACAGUGUGCAGCCUGUCAUCAACGGCCACGGCCACGGAAACCCCAUCACACGCCGCGUUGUCACACCUCUCUCUCCUCCCACUGAUCUCAACUUGGAGACUAACCCAAACACUGGUGAACUGACAGUCCAGUGGAACGAUGCCAAAACCCCAGAUAUCACAGGCUACAGAGUGACUUGCACUCCCACCAAUGGUCAGCAGGGCAACUCUUUGGAAGAGUUUGUCAAGGCAGGCCAGACUUCAUGCACUCUGGAGAACCUGAGCCCUGGAGUGGAGUACAAUGUCAGUGUGUUCACAGUGAAGGAUGACAUGGAGAGUGUGCCUGUGUCCUCCACAAUCACACCGGACGUGCCCCAGCUUACAGACCUACACUAUGUCAAUGUCACUGACUCCACAAUUGGUCUUACCUGGAGUCCAAUCAACUCCACUGCCAUCACGGGCUACCGCAUCACGGUUGUGGCUGCUGGUGAGAGCGUGCCCAUCUUUGAGGAUUUUGUGGAGGCCACCACAGGUUUUUACACUGUGUAUGGCCUUGAGCCUGGCAUUGACUACGACAUCAGCAUCAUCACCGUCACAGAAAGUGGACAGAGUGAGCCCACCACCAUUACUCAGCAAACAGCUGUGCCUGCUCCGACUGGCUUAGCGUUUACUAACGUGAGCACCGACAGUUUUACUGUGACCUGGAAGGCCCCCAACGUCCCUAAGCCUGCUGACAUCGAUACAUAUGUCAUCCGCUAUCACCCAGUCGACGACGAGGACGACAUUACUGAACGCAAUGUAGAAGGAAACACCAACAGUGUUGUACUUCGACACCUACUGCCCAACACUGAGUAUUUUGUGAGUGUUUUCUGUGUUUAUGAAGAAAGGGAAAGCUCACCUGUAAUCAGCACUCAGAGAACAGUACUUGAUUCCCCAGUCGGGCUACGUUUCUCUGAGAUCAGCACAAACUCAUUCACCGUGCACUGGAUGCCACCUCAGGCCAUCAUUUCCGGAUACCGUAUUCGCUAUCAGAUGACCAGCGGGGGACGCUCUAAGGAGGAAAGGCUUCCACCUUCCAGAAGCCACUUAACACUGACUGGCCUUGCACCUGAGACUGAGUACAUCAUCAACAUCUAUGCCGUCAGUGGCUCCCACGAGAGCAAGCCACUCACUGGAACCCAGUCCACCAUCUCUGAUGCCCCAACUGAUUUGGAGGUUACAUCUUCAACUCCAGAUAGUAUUACAAUUCGCUGGGAUGCCCCCUCUGUUACUGUGAGGUACUACAGGAUCACACAUGGAGAGUCAGGUGGUCAUGGCUCACCAGUAGAGUUCACUGUGCCAGGCUCCCAGACUACUGCCACCAUUCAGGGUUUGCGUCCAGGCACUGACUACACAGUCACUGUAUAUGCUGUGACAGGCAGAGGAGACAGCCCGGCUUCCAGCACACCCAUCCACGUCAAUCAUAAAACAGAUAUUGAGUCCCCAUCUGAAAUGGAGGUGACUGAUGUGAAGGACAGCACCAUCACUGUACGCUGGACCCCAGCAGUGGGCCCUGUUAGUGGAUACCGCAUCACUGGAACCCCUCGUAAUGGCCAGGGGCCCACCUUCUCUGAGGUGGUCGCUCCAGAUCAAACAGAAAUUACAUUCUCAGGACUGAUGCCAACAGCGGAGUACACUCUGAGCGUGUAUGCUUUGGGACAGGAUGGAGAGAGCCCUCCACUUGUAGAGACUGUAGUUACAACUGUGGACAAACCCAAAGACUUGACCUUCUCUGAUGUGGACUCCACAUCCAUGCUUAUCUCCUGGGAGAGCCCAGACGGUCAGGUGACCUCGUACAGAGUGUUGUACUCCAGCCCAGAGGAGGGCGAGCGUGAGCUGUUCCCUGCCCCUCACGGCGAGGAUGAGUCUGCUGUGCUACGUGGUCUCCGACCUGGUACUGAAUACACUGUGAACGUCAUCGCCCUGCACGAUCGCACCCCUAGUCCUGCACUGGUGGGCACACAGACCACAGCUAUUCCUGGCCCCUCUGAUCUCCAGUUUUCUCAGAUUGGCUCCAGUUCAUUCACUGUGUCCUGGUAUUCAGCAGCUAAUGUCCAGCUAACUGGCUACCGUGUGGCCAUCACUCCCAAGAACAAGAAUGGUCCUACUAAAGAGGUUCACAUUGCGCCAGACUCCACUCAGUAUCAUGCCACUGGACUUAUGCCUGCCACUGACUAUGAAGUAGAGGUUUAUGCUGUGAAGAAUUCUCUUACCAGCCGCCCAGUCAAGGGAGAGGUCACCACUCCUGACAAUAUCAGCCCUCCUCGUCGUGUUCGGAUCUCUAACGUGAAGGAUUCCUCAGUCACUCUCACAUGGCGCUCCAAGACCGAGGCCAUUUCUGGCUUCCUGGUAGAGGCCACACCCACCAUCGGAGGUGAAAGUCCCAUCCAGCGCACCAUUCCUUCAGACUCCCGCACCUACACAAUCACAGGUCUGCAGCCAGGUACUAACUACAAAAUCAACAUUUACACCCUCAAUGGAAACAGCCGCAGCGAGCCCUUCACUCUUACUGCCACUACAGCUAAGCCAGUGAUCAGCCCCCCGACCAACAUCCGUUUCACUUCCCUGACCCCCACCACCAUCUCCUUCUCCUGGGAACCUCCUCGCAGCACCAUUACAGGAUACUACAUCACCUAUGAGGAGGCGGGCAGCAUCCCACGAGAGCUUCUCCCAAGACCCCUCGCUGACCGGACCUCUGCCACCAUCACUGGUUUGAAACCAGGCACUGAGUACAUCAUAAGAAUCGUUGCCCUGAACAAUGCACAGAGAAGCACUCCACUCCUGGGCAAAGCCAGAACUCAACUGGAGGACAUCUCCCCACAGCUCCCAGUUCCCCACCGCCCCAAACAGGACAUCCUGGAUGUUCCUGAAGAUGAGAACUUAAACACCAAUUACGUACAUGUGGCCGGUCCGAACAGACAAGACACUCUUGGGCAGCAGGGACAGCAUAUCUACACUGAGUACCAGAGUUUUGGCUUGGGUAACCGUGGCCAGCAGCAGCCUCUGGCUCCACAUCAAGGCCAGCCACUGGUCUACAUCCCUCUUCCUGGACCAGAUGGCCACAGAGUGCCUGUAGUAAAGGUGAGCGAAGGUCCUGCACCUGGCUUCUCCUUCGAGUUCCCUCUCAAUGAGACAGACCUGCCCCAGGAAGCCCAGACACAGACCACCAUCACAUGGCAACCAGUGGAACAUAGCGAUGAGUAUGUGGUGUCUUGCAGUCCCAUUACAGAGAUCAACGAGAAGACCUUCCAGAUGCAUCUUCCUGGCAGCUCCAACAGUGCUACACUGAUUGGCCUUACCUCUGGAGCUUCCUACAACAUUGUUGUAGAGUCGGUCAAUGGAGACCACAAACAGAAAGUUCUGCAAGACGUAGUUACUGUCGGGAACACUUUUCCAGGACCAUCUGCUAUCCCCAUAGGCAGGGAUGUGUGCUAUGACACCUUCACAGCCACCUACCACGAGGUGGGCACAGAGUGGGAGCGCAUGUCCGAGACAGGAUUUAAGCUGUGGUGCAGGUGCCUUGGCCUAGGCAGUGGUCAUUUCAGAUGUGAUUCAUCCAAAUGGUGUCAUGACAAUGGCCAUAACUACCGUAUCGGAGAGAGGUGGGACCGCCGUGCUGAGAAUGGUCACAUGAUGAGCUGCACCUGCCUGGGCAACGGAAAGGGAGAGUUCAAAUGCGAGCCACAUGAGUCAACUUGUUAUGAUGAAGGAAAGAUGUACCAGGUUGGAAACCAGUGGCAGAAAGAGUAUCUUGGAGCCAUCUGCACCUGCACCUGCUAUGGUGGACAGCAGGGCUGGCGCUGUGAGAAUUGCCGUCGUCCGGGGGCUGAGGUAAACGUGGACCUUAUUCAGCCUCCAAUCCACACAGAUGUUUACGACCGCUACAGAGAGAAUGCCCUGCGCAAACUGAACAUCCAGUGUCCCAUUGAGUGCCUCAGACCAGACCUGCUAGCAGAUGCUCAAAGCCCUUCAGAGUAGAGUCUGUUUCACACAGUGCUGAAGAGGAGCGUACCCUAGAGACUGUACUUACUGUAUACCCCUCAGUGCCUUUCACUCCUCACUUCUCUCAGUCUACACUCUGAACUCAGUCCUGCUGUCUCUGCACCCCCCGCCCUGCGUCCCGCCCUGUGUCCCUGCAACACAUUCCUGAUACAUAGCUUCCUCACUCGCCAGGGCAGGCUGCUCCCGGUCCUUCUCCAUCUUUGACCUACACAAUAGAGGUGCGGGUCAACAUCGCUUAGCAAAAGCCUGCAGACUCCAGCCUUCAGUCUGGACAGAACAGUCCUGGAGAUUCACAGAAUUCCUAAAGAUUUUGUCCUGCUUUUCUGUUGUUUUAUAUCUUCCCCAACAAAGGAACCAGCAGAGACCAAAGACUACAUGUUUGUUUGUGUUGCUGCCUUUUGUCUGUAAGACUCCCUUUUAAAUGAGUUUGUGACUCAACUUUAUGGCCUGCAAUCAUUUCUCUAAGUGACCUUUUUGAAGUCCCUUUAAAAAAAAAAAAGAAAAAAAAAGAAGAAGAAGCACUGUCUUACAAUAGAAGUCUCUGUGCCUUGUAGGCAUCUUUUUUAUUAUCUAAUGUUGUCCCCAUUUUUUAAAUCGAUUGUUUGGUUGGUUUGUAUCUGUGGCCUUUGCUUCCAAAAGGAAAUGAAGGAAAGCACUGUAUUAAUGACGUUCACAUUUAAUAUUUUUCUUUUAUCAAUGCAUUUGGAUUGAAUGCGAUUUUUGGAUGUACACUUUUUUUGUUUUGUUUUGUUUUUGGUUUUAGGUGCCAAAGUCUUAACUACUGUGGACAAAAUUCCUUUUUAAUAAACUUUUUACAAAAAAUAA